AGUAAUUGACACCGUCAUCGUUGAUAGAAUGGCUUUCUAACUAUGUAUGUAAUGUAUACGGUGCGUCAUUUGCCAUGAAAUCAAGGAGCAGUAGUGAUCGCCAUUGCACGGUCAGGUCGGUUAUAAUCUAGGAGGUACGAAGUACCUAUACUCUGAACAGCGAGAAAUAGUAUCCCAGAGAUCGUUUUGGAAGGCAUGCACGAAGUUACUCGAUCGGAGAGGCCUGAGCAUAAUCGUGGGUUUAGAUGCACUAUAGGCUAUAUUACACGUCUUAUCCAGUCCGUAUUGAACUGUCUGAUCAUCCCUGUCAGUGACGGAUCCAUGAUCGAUCGACAGGGCCGAGAGCGAUUGGCGAUCUCUUUGGCAUCCACCAAAACUGGCGCCGAUAAUCACAGUACGUGCCAGAUGGCGCACCAAUUGCCGGCUUUUGUGAUACACAAUUAAAGCGAGUAACCCAUCACAAGCGUAUGUAGCUCAAGAGGAGAGCAUGAUUCUAGAGUGCAAGGUUGCCUCGUUCUUUGAUGACUCGAAAGACACGAGUCAGACACAAUAACGAGGCUGUUCGGCACAAAAUUGCCGGCAUUCCCAGCGACCCUUUCCUUCUUUGCUUUUUCACGCACGUAUCCGCGCAAACGGCGGGUCGACGCCGGAUCGAUCGAAAUGCGGCGCUGCUAGAUUGAAACCUUAAACAUCGACAUGGGUGUUGCCCCCUUGGGGCCAGGGCUAAGAAUGAGGUAUGGGGUUUCUGGGACACGAGGCACGCCUUCGAUACCUCCCUUUUACCCUUUUCGGCCCACCCUCUCCACUGUUUCGCUCCACUGGAUCUCCGAGUGGUGCCGACGACUGGGCGCUUGACUGCAUAUUCUUCUUCCCUGCAGACUGCAGGUCAUCAUGACCUUGCUGCCUGUAAGUAAUGAAGGACUCCAAUACCCAUAGAUACGCCGUCGACUCGGAGUGCAUACUUCCGCCGUUUCCCAGAUCAAAGAGACCAUGACAGCACCAUGGAUCAAGGCACAUGUCACGAAUAGUUCCUGCAUAGAGAACCGAGAUAGUCACAAGAGACUCCGAACUUUCGGGUGACCCUAUCUCGUGAUCGUAGCCAAUAGUCCUUGGUUUCCCCAAAGCGAGGAAAACAGUUGGCCAGCCCACCGCUGCCGCUAGGGGAGAGCACAGAGUGACCAGGUGGAAUGUGUCACAGACCCAUAAAAAGGGAUUUUUUCACAGGUGAAUCCUCCCGAGCCUGUCACUGAAUGGUCCUAGUCCAUGCCUGAGGAGUGACUAAGUCGGCUGUCGCCCAGUUCAACCUGCAUGAGCGGGGCCGUGGAGCAAUUCGUCCCUGACACGCUGUGGAGAGUAUGGGUGUGCAUACUGCAUGAAAGGCUCUGGAACUCGGCUCGGGGCGCUCCACAAGGGGGGGGGGUAUCCUUUUCUUUCUGUCUAUAUGUACUCAGGUAGGGCCUCAAACAGUCCUUUCCUUUCCUCAUCCAGCGCAUCAAUGACAUAGCGCGUCCGUGGCUUUUGUUUCUUUUCCGUUUAUAGACGUACGUCCCCGUACACCGUCGCCAGUCUCUCGUUUUCGCAUAUUGUCGCUCGUUGUAUAGCAUUUGUUUCAUCGGCACAGGGCCUUGCCCGUUCACAAGUCACCUUUCUCGAAGACAAAGCGACCAUUCUUUGUCUCAAGACGUCCCAGCUGUUCGAAGCCGACCUCGAAGUCAUCGAUACCGGACACUUAUAUAUAUAAAAAGCCACCGAAGAUCCCUCAAUCACGCCCGAGGAUCAGAUAUACUCUCAUCAAAAUGGAGUGUUUCCGACAAAUAUUCCGAUGCCUUAAGGCACCGUUUGCUCGCAACCAGGGACAGAUAAUUGACAUUGGACCUCCCACCAACUUCCGCAAAGAGGAACUGCCUGCGUGCUUCUCAGAUGCCGACACGCUGACGUCUCAGAACAGCCGCGAAACAACGAUCGAGAAGGACGAGACGACGAUCGAGGCAAUUCCUCGUCAGCCGUCCGUCAAGGAAAAGGUUCAGGGCCGAGUCCGGAAGAUGAGCGUCCGACUCUCAAAGCCCGCCUUGGAGACCGCAUGAAGCGAUCUCGCUGGUUCAAGUCGACUCCAGCGACCAACCCUGAGAAGGCGGUCACCAGCGAGGAAGACUUGUUCGUCGCGACUGAGGAGAAGCCGAAGGAAUCAGCGGCGGGAUUUUAAUAUGAUCUCCAAGGCAUGAUAUGUGAAGUUUAGGGGGGAUCUCAGAUUCAAAACAAAAAAGUCGGAACAUCAUUAAAGCGGGAUUUCUUGGAUUCCAGAUUGUCGUUUGCAGGACCACUUUGGAUAAUGCUGUUUGUGGAGGACGGAUCCUUUUUCAUGUCGGAGUUAGGAGAGGUGUUCGAUCGCGAUGGCUCUGGUAGCUCGUCGAGGUCGUCGUAUAACAUUUGAACUCUUGACUUGAACCCACUGCCCGGUGCGGGAGUACCUCGCGCCUUCUCGUAAUUUAUUGUAGGCCUCCUGUGUAUGCUUUCCCUGCCACUCCUAGGAUCCUUAGGUUGAGCGGUUUUUGUAGGGCCACGCGUUUGUAGCCGUGUCGACUCGGGUAUCGUGACCAGACGGUUCUGCCUAUCGAGGUCGUCAUCUCCAUCGGAAGCAGCCUCCCCAUCCAUAUUGAGAUCAUCAUCCGACGCCGUCUCUUCCUGAAUCUCGAGGAUAUGCGCUGCUGCUGCUCUUGAUAAUGGAGUCGCAACCGCAGUUCGGUCGAUGUUGGAUCCGGCAGCUUGUCCAAAGCCUGCUGCAGCCCUUGUGGAAGAUUUCAAUAAAUGCGUACCCACCAACGUGCGCGAUUUCCUAGGGCUAGUCAUAAGCCCAUGGAGAUGUGUCCCAGCCCAGAUAUCAUCGUCAUCAUCGGAAUCAUCCUUGUCUCCUUCCAGAACCCCUAGCUUUGUCAACCCAGCUUUCUGACGCGCAGCGAGCGCCUCUGCUUCCUUCUUCCGUUCUGCUUCCUUUGGUAACUUGGUUCUACCAUCCGUAGGCCUCUGGAUUUCAUUUAUUGCCUCCGCGUUCUGCGCUUUCGCUUCUUUCUUCCGUCGAAUGUAUUCGGCGUAGUGUAGAUGUUGCGUGAACGAUUGAGCUAUAGCAUAAAAUUCAUCUUCGACCAUAACCCAUGCAUCGUCGUGGUCCAAGCCUUCGAUGAG